GUGUACUGGGAUGCUACACAUAAGGCUGUCCAACUGAAAGAAGGAGUGAUAGAAAAAGAGGGGGAUGCAUAUGGAUACCUCAAUGACAGCCUCUCUCAAACGGGAUGGAGUGUACUGGAGAUCCGUGCAGGGUAUGGGGAGACCCUUGAGCAUGACGAGGUAACCUACUUCCUUGCGGGAUACCUAGAGGGCUUACUCACUGCACCGCAAAUGAUUAGUCACUACGCCAACAUGUAUCCCCAGCUGAUCAAGGACCCUGAAGUUUUAGGUCAAGUGGAGCGCUUCAUGGUGAAGCAGGACUCGUGGACCAGGGAGCAGGUGAAACUGAACAGGAGCACUGAUCCUCUGUGGCACCACACCGGCUUCAUAGUGGCCCAGAUGGACGGACUUCGGGCGGGGGUCGCACACUGGGCCAAGAAACAAGGGAAAGAGCCUCUGUCCCUGUUUGCUGUCCAGUUCCUGAAUGCGGUGGGAGAUCUGCUGGACCUGAUUCCAGCCCUCGUCCCUGGCACUGAGCCACCUCUCGGACAUUUCAAAUUACCCGGAAUGGGCCGCUGCUCUGCCCUCAUUAAGCUCCAUGAGGACAGAGUGAGGCAGCAGGUUUCUCUAGUAUGGGCAUUAAUUACAUGACCAGGCAUCAACAUGGCAAAGAAGACCUGUAAUCCGGGCACAACGUGGGACAAACUGCUCAUCACCUGUGUCAGCUUGACAAGGCCUCAGCCAAAGGCAACCACAGAAUCCCCACCUGUAAAAUGGAGUAGCGAUGUUCCUCCCCAGUACGACCCGGCAGUGAGUCCAGCUGUCUGGAUAUCAGUGGUAGUCGUAGUGAACGUCUCCAUCCUGGCAAUGUUUCUAUGGUUCAUCAUAUACAAAAUGCAGACAAGGCGCAAUCACACUGCAGGUGAACCAGAGGCAGGACUUAACCCUCCAGCUAAAGCCCUGCCACCUGUGGAGGGAGACUGUACAGCAGCCGUGGUACAGAGAGAGGAGGAGGCCCCUCCAGCCUGUCCUCAGCUGAACGCUGGGCCCCAAACAUGCUUCAGGCAGGAGGUGUCCACCUACAGCGGUGCUUCAGGGUGUGGCUCUCUUGGGGAGGUCGGUGGCAUGUUCAUGUGCAAUGGUCUGAGGGAGCAUUGGAUCCCACUUCCUGCCACUGAGCUGGGGGAUGCUGCUUUGGUGACCACCAAGACUGUGCAAUGCUCCGACUGAGAGGACAUCAUUUUGACAUAUAAAAAACCACAUGGCCAUUGUCAAGCAAAAGGACUUGUUCUUUACAGUAUUGUUGGUACAGUAUAAUCAUUUACAUGUAAAAACAUACAUUUGAGAUGGUGUAGGCAUAAAGACAAGCCUGUAAGCCUAUACUGUGGGAGACAACUAUGUACUUGUGUUUCUAUACUUAAAUAUUGUCAAGACAAUAAGACAAAUCUGAGUAGAUUGGGUUAAUUCCAAUAAUAACACGGCUGUUAUAGGAUAUUUCUAUUUUAACUCUUAU